GCUCCGUUUCGAUUCAAGUUGAAACCGGUCUCCUCCGCCUAGUUCCAGUUACCUCCGCCUUAGAAUCUAUCCCGGUGGCAGAAGUUCGCAUCGUCGGUGCCGAGAAAUUAACUUGAUUCUUCUUAUAAGAACGCUGCGGCGGCUCUGGUGCUUCACGACGGUGUAUCUAUUACAGCAUAAACGCAGGUGAAAAGACUUUCCGGUCGAUCUCUUCUUUCCUCUUCUCCGUCGCAUCUUUGCUCACUGACUCUGUCACACUCUAUAUGCAGCUACUGCUAGCAUCUCGAAUCUUUGCUCUCCGGACCCCGAUUCACUUCUUCAGUCAUUGAUUAUGGAUUCAUCAGCGGCAAUCUACAACCACCUCAAGUCGGCAGAUCCGUUUUUCUUGCUUGCCGGCCCGAAUGUCAUUGAAUCCGAAGAGCACAUUUUCACCAUGGCCAAACACAUCAAGGCCAUCUCCACCAGAGUGGGUUUGCCUUUGGUCUUCAAGUCGAGCUUCGACAAGGCUAACAGAACAUCCUCCAAGUCAUUUCGAGGCCCGGGCUUGACGGAAGGAUUGAAGAUCCUUGAGAAGGUCAAAGUAGCAUACGACAUUCCAAUCGUCACCGACGUGCAUGAAAGCAGUCAGUGCGAGGAAGUUGGUAAAGUCGCGGAUAUCAUACAGAUUCCUGCAUUUCUAUGUCGUCAGACAGACCUUCUAGUUGCAGCUGCCAAGACAGGGAAGAUAAUAAACAUCAAGAAAGGCCAGUUCUGUGCUCCUAGUGUCAUGGAGAACUCGGCCGAGAAGGUUAGACUGGCAGGGAACCCAAAUGUGAUGGUUUGCGAAAGAGGAACCAUGUUUGGAUAUAAUGACUUGAUUGUUGAUCCACGCAAUCUUGAGUGGAUGAGAGAAGCUAACUGCCCUGUUGUUGCUGAUAUCACACAUUCACUACAACAGCCUGCUGGUAAAAAGUUGGAUGGUGGAGGAGUUGCCAGUGGAGGCCUCCGUGAACUAAUACCAUGCAUAGCAAGGACAGCAGUAGCUGUUGGGGUAGAUGGAAUUUUCAUGGAGGUGCAUGAUGAUCCAAGGAAUGCACCAGUGGAUGGUCCAACGCAGUGGCCGCUACGACACUUGGAGGAACUGCUGGAAGAGCUGGUGGCGAUAGCUAGGGCAAGUAAAGGGAAGAGACGUAUGGAGAUUGAUCUGAUGCCAUUUCGCGAUUAGAGAGCAGCUUGGUCUACUCCAGUUCUCCACUUACAGCUGUGAUCCUUCUUGAGAGCAAUCGACUUGGUUUGGACUGUGAUUGAUUUCAUCCUCAGUCUAUUGUAUCAUCAUCAAAAGCAACUUCACAACAACACCUUGUUUCUUUAGUAGAUCCCCAACAAUGCCAACUGAUUGUGGCUGUGGGGUUGAGUUUAUUGAAAGGAGCUGAUCAAUUUUUGUUGCAUAUUCUCAAUCAAACAUGGAUGACGGA